AAUCCAAACACAGCACAGGCCCAAACCAGCUAGCGCACCCAACCUCCACUCCACGAGGCGAGCACAGCGGCAUCACCGACAGCACCCACGGCAAGCAACCAAGCAAGCACCCACGCCAGCCCCGACCGUCGCGAGCAUCCCGGCACCUCCCGCCCGCCUCGACCCGCCCGCCCGUCGCCCUCGCUUGCCUGUCGCUGACUUGCCCUGGCUGUUGCCGCCCAUUGUCCGUCUCCUCGUCGCCGGCGACUCGCCCGCUGCCCCUUGCCACAUCCACGCCUCGCACCGAAGCCUCCUCCGUCCCCGGCCACGCUGGAGACCCGAGCCGUCUGGAACAGACACCAUGUCGGAGCCGCUGACCGCCGCCGAGGAGGAGAACUACACCAGCAUCAUCGAUGCCAUUCUCGCCACCGCCAACCUCGAGACUGUCUCCAUCAAGAGCAUUAGGGGAGGCCUUCAGAAAGCCCUGGGUGACAAGGACCUCUCUGGCCAAAAGAACGCCAUCAAGCAACUAAUCGGCAAACGCUUCGAUGCCAUCACCUCGGCUUCGGGCACUAUGCCCACCCCUCCCCCGCUAUCGUUCCCUACCGACGAUGUUCGCCCGUCCCCGAAGCGCGACCGGUCAGAGAUGACCAACGGCCACGACCACGACGAGGCAGAAGAGGAGGACGGCGGCGAGAUAGAAGUGUCGCUGCCGCCGGCCAAGAAGAAGCAGAAGCGCGAAUCGUCGACCGACGACGACGCCAAGCUAGCGGCGCAGCUGCAGGCUGAGGAGAACCGGCGCGCGUCGGCGCGGGCCACGCGGGGCAGCAAUGGCAACACCAGCGCCAGCAAGCCGCGCAAAAAGGCGCCAAAGAAGAAGAGCAGCAACAAGGUCAAGGCCGAGGACGACAGCGAUGUCGACGGCAGUGGCGGCGAGGCCAAGACUAAGCGCAAGGCCGGCGGCGGCUUCCAGAAGCCCUUUAGCCUGAGCCACCACCUCGCGCUUCUUUGCGGAGAGCCUGUCCUCUCCCGGCCGCAGGUCGUCAAGAAACUGUGGGAGCAUAUCAAGGGCAACGACCUCCAGGACCCUAAUGACAAACGCCAGAUCCUUUGCGACGAGAUGAUGCAGGCCGUGUUCAAACAGAGCAAGGUCGACAUGUUCCAGAUGAACAAGCUGAUUGGCAACCACCUCUACCCCGUCGAAGAGGAGUAGAAGCACCAACUGGUUGUAUCUUGUCUCUUCACUCUGCUCCUACUCAUCUCGAACCCUUCUUUUACAGGCGCAGGAGCGUUUCCCCUUUGAGUUGGAAACUGUCAACCAAUUCAGGGGCUUGAACGGAUGGAAAGCCGGAACGGCGUACUCGGUAUCAUGAUGCAUCUCCUUUUUCAAUCCUUCAUUGCCCUCUAUUCGCAACGCACAUGAUUGCGUCGGCCGGGACUGCUUUGCUGGCUUCAUUCGCAUUUCCAUUGGACCGACGGGCCGCCGAGUGGUGGAAGAGCAUCUCACACACACGCCCCGUCGUCCAACACUCCUUCCAUCGUCUUUCAUUUGUUUCCUUUCAUUUUGGCUUUUUCGCCCAGUCAGGCGUCUGGGGCUGCUCGGGUUCCCCAGGAAGUCGCGAGCGGUGGCCUUCACGCCAAGGUUCUGGCCACAGACAAGCGUUUUUUUAUAUUUUUUAUCAUGGUGGGGGUUAUGGCGUUUGAUGCUGCGGACACGAACGGGACGAGACGCACGUUUAUGCUUCCGGGGGCUGCUAGGAAGGAUCUGGGGGAGAAAGGGAGCUGCUUGUUUGCUCUCGUCGCUUUCCGGGCCAAGCCUGCAUCAAAAGCAGAGCAUGCGAACCAGACCGCAUAGCACCCUAGGGCGGCCCCAGCUGCGGCUGUUGCAGGGGGCCAGACUCAUCCCACCCCAUGUUCCAAGGAAAAAAAAGUACAUUGGAUCAUAACAAAUACCUCCAGGGCUUUUAGUCGAACUUCCUCUUCAAUGUGGGGAUAAUGAAGCGCCGCUUGU